UUCCGGAAGUAGCUUGCGGGCCAGCGGCUGCUUCCUGUCCGUUGGCCGUUCCGAAUGUUGGUACGUCGCGAGCCGGCCAGCGACCGUUUGAGAGCGGCGGAGUUAAUGGGAGCGCGAGGCGUGGCCGGCAAGUAUGCUGCGGUCUGGUAAUGUUCCGGGAUCUGAGGAGUUAUACAGCAGUGAAAAUGAUAUAAUGAUUCCAGUACUGUCAUCAAAAAGGGCAAGUGAACUACCUGUUGAUGAAGUUGCUAGUAUUUUGCAGGCUGACCUUCACAAUGGCCUAAAAAACAGUGAGAUUUCUCGGCGUCGGACGUAUCAUGGAUGGAAUGAAUUCGAAAUCAAUGAGGAUGAACCUCUUUGGAAAAAAUAUAUUUCACAGUUCAAAAAUCCCCUGAUUAUGCUUCUACUGGCUUCAGCUGUUAUCAGCGUUCUAAUGCACCAGCUAGAUGAUGCAAUCAGCAUCACAGUGGCUAUACUUAUUGUUGUCACAGUUGCCUUUGUACAGGAAUAUCGAUCUGAAAAAUCGCUUGAAGAAUUGAGCAAAUUGGUUCCCCCAGAAUGCCACUGUAUACGGGAAGGAAGGAUGGAGCACUUGCUUGCCCGAGAGCUGGUUCCAGGAGAUACAGUGUGUUUAAGUGUUGGUGAUAAAGUCCCUGCUGAUCUACGUUUGUUUGAGGUUGUCGACAUUUCCAUUGAUGAAUCAAGCCUCACAGGGGAGACCUCCCCGUGUACAAAAUCAACAAUUCCACAGCCAUCAGCUACAAAUGGUGACCUCACAUCUAGAAACAAUAUUGCUUUCAUGGGCACAUUGGUUAGAUGUGGCAGGGCUAAGGGUAUUGUUAUAGGGACAGGAGAAAAUUCUGAAUUUGGUGAGGUUUUUAAAAUGAUGCAAGCUGAAGAGGCUCCUAAAACACCACUACAGAAAAGCAUGGACCUGCUAGGAAAACAACUUUCAUUGUAUUCUUUUGGCAUUAUAGGUGUUAUUAUGCUAGUUGGCUGGCUACAGGGGAAACAUAUUCUUGACAUGUUCACUAUUGGUGUGAGUUUGGCUGUUGCUGCUAUUCCAGAAGGUUUGCCCAUUGUAGUGACAGUAACACUAGCCCUUGGUGUGAUGAGAAUGGUAAAGAAGAGAGCGAUUGUGAAGAAGCUCCCAAUCGUGGAAACUCUUGGUUGUUGCAAUGUAAUAUGCUCUGAUAAAACAGGAACACUAACAAAGAAUGAAAUGACAGUGACUCACAUUUAUACUUCAGAUGGACAACAUGCUGAGGUUACUGGUGUUGGCUACAAUAGAUAUGGAGAGGUUAUUAUGGAUGGCGAAGUAAUUCAUGGAUUCUCUAAAUCACCAAUAACUAAAAUUGUGGAGGCUGGCUGUGUAUGUAAUGAUGCCGUUAUUCAAAAUGACACACUGAUGGGACAGCCAACUGAGGGAGCUUUGAUUGCUCUUGCAAUGAAGAUGGGUUUGGAAGGUCUCAAACAGGAUUAUGUGAGAAGAGCUGAACAUCCAUUUACUUCAGAGCAGAAAUGGAUGGCUGUCAAGUGCGUGCACAGAGCUCAGCAGGACAAAGAAGAGAUUUGUUUUAUGAAAGGAGCUUAUGAGCAUGUAAUUCAAUUUUGCUCAAAUUACAACAGCCACUUGCAAGCUCUACCACUCACCCAGCAACAGAAAGAGUUGUACCACCAAGAGAAAACUUACAUGGGCACUGCUGGACUUCGAGUUCUCGCUUUAGCAUCUGGACCAGAACUUGGACAACUCACAUUCCUGGGGCUUGUGGGAAUGAUCGAUCCACCGAAGUCAGGUGUUAAAGAAGCUGUUGCUACACUGAUCAACACAGGAGUUAUAAUCAAAAUGGUCACUGGCGAUUCACAAGAGACAGCAGUUGCUAUAGCUACCCGUUUGGGCUUGUAUUCUAAGGGUUCACAGACUCUUUCGGGAGAAGAAAUCGAUUCACUGGAUAUUCAACAACUUUCACAAAUAGUCCAGAAGAUAGCAGUGUUUUACAGAUCUAGUCCAAGGCACAAGCUGAAGAUUAUAAAGUCUCUACAGAACAAUGGUGCUGUGGUAGCUAUGACAGGAGAUGGAGUAAAUGAUGCAGUAGCAUUGAAGGCAGCCGAUAUUGGGGUGGCAAUGGGACAGACAGGGACCGAUGUCUGCAAGGAGGCAGCGGACAUGAUCCUUGUAGAUGAUGACUUUAAGACAAUAAUGUCUGCAAUUGAGGAGGGCAAAGGGAUUUACAAUAAUAUCAAAAAUUUUGUUCGGUUCCAACUCAGCACGAGUAUAGCUGCUCUAACAUUGAUUUCUCUUGCCACAUUGAUGAACUUUCCUAAUCCACUAAAUGCUAUGCAGAUUUUAUGGAUCAACAUAAUAAUGGAUGGACCGCCGGCACAGAGCCUGGGAGUAGAACCUGUUGAUAAAGAUGUCAUCAGACAACCUCCAAGAAAUGUUAAAGACAGCAUCCUGACGAGAAACCUGAUUGUCAAAAUUCUGGUUUCAUCGCUGAUUAUUGUUUCUGGGACAUUAUUUGUCUUCUGGAGGGAGUUACAGGAUAAUGUAAUAACACCACGUGAUACAACAAUGACCUUUACCUGCUUUGUUUUCUUUGACAUGUUCAAUGCAUGGAGUUCCAGGUCACAGACAAAAUCUGUCUUUGAGAUUGGGUUAUGCAGUAACCGAAUGUUUUGCUAUGCUGUACUCGGGUCCAUCAUGGGACAGUUGCUGGUUAUUUACUUUCCUCCACUACAGAAAGUUUUUCAGACUGAAAGUCUAAGUGUGCUAGAUCUUAUUUUUUUGAUGGGGCUUACUUCCUCAGUUUGCAUAGUUUCUGAGAUCAUCAAGCGUUUGGAGAGACAGAAAGAGAAAGGCCCAAAACAAAGUAAAUCCUUUUUAGAUGUAUGAUGCAUAUUGCAUCUUUGAAUUUAACAACCAAAAAAAAACUAAGAACCUGAUGAUGCAUUUGAAGAAUGAACUUUGAAUUGACAUAUGAUGGUACUCGUAAUUUAAAAGGACUGAAAAGAUGUACUGAAAAUGAGAACAAUGAAGUAUCUCUUGAUCUCCAUCUGUUGGGAUAGCACAAUGCAAACAGAUGCAGAACUCUUCCCUGCAGACAGUGUGAUUUGCUGCUUAAAUGUACAUAAUAUUUUGCUUCCUGUAUAGGAAAGACACUGCAAGUGGAUGUGGUGUAGCGUCUGUAUUACACUGGAUAGAAUGAAAGUCUUUUUUUCCCAAAUUUCAGUACUAUUAUUUAUCAAUAAAUAAUGUUAUUUUAUACUUGGUGUGGAUUUCGUAGCAUAAAUUAGGUAUUCUUAAUGCAUUGGGCAUUCCAUUAUUCCAAAAUAUAAGCCACAAAAGUAAGAUGCCUGCAGCUCUUUUAUUUUCUUAAUGUAAAAUAAUGUUUAAAAAAAAUUGCUGAAAUGCUUUUCUGUCCUUGUUUUUAAAUCUUUGGAAGUCUUGACCACUAUAGAACUCAUGAUUUGCAAUCUAGAGGCUGUAUCACGUGUAAUGUGUUUAAACAGUAAAAAAAGUGCAAAUGUGUACAAUUUCGUGUUGAAUAAAGUCUGUGUAUGCCAGAGCACCUAACUGAUCACAUAACAGCCUGUAAUACAAGACUAAAUACAAAGUCUGCAUUUUUCACUUUUUUAAAAAAAAAGUGUUUGUUCUCAUUAGUUGAAUGCAUUUAUGGUGUAAAACGGUGAUAACAUUAAACAUCAUUGUUUAUUUUCUAACGAAGACCAGAAAUGUAAGCAGUGAUUUUCUUUUUGUAUUGGGCGUCAGGCUGCAUCUGCGAUGGAAUUGUAUAGUCUAUUUGGAAAAUACAGUUUGUAAUUAAAUGAUAUUUGUAAGA